AUGAGUCUUUCGUCGACUCGUUCCUUACCUCAUGAUAAUCUCCUGGAGAUAUCAAGACCCUGGACUUCUUGGACGCCUCUUGUUUCGCAAAUGUCGUCAAUGUACCCUUCAAUUAGACUGAUCUCAUUGCAGGCUGUCGCCAGAUGGUGGUUUUUCCUCGACGCUGGACUAAUAGGCAGUGGCCCAUUCAAGAAUGCCGAGAGGGCUAUCAAUUUCAGCCUCUCACCUUCCCCUUCCUGUGGUCCCAUAACGGCGAGCGAACCCAUACUAAAGGGAGGAAUUAUGGCGUUUGUGCUAGCUGAUUCUGGGUGGGCAUUGAAGAUCGUUCCGCCCUCCACCGGAAUUGAUCGACUUCAGCUCUCUCUCCCGCCAACGAUGCCCUGGUAUUCGCAAGCGUUCGUUCUUCAGCUGCUCAUAACAACUAGUACCGCUGUCAUCAUGGCGCCCAGCAUAAUGCUCUGCAAUAACUGUGGCCACUCCAUGGAUGCUCAAGUUCCCUGCUCUCCUGUUGAUGUCAACAGGUACCUGCACUACGGAGGGCGGAUCAGCGAAGCAGAGGCAGAUCUCUGUUCAAACACCAUCGUACGUUGGCAAGAACAAGUUUUUGACUACGACGCCGAAAUUUUCCGGAUGAGAUUUGCUUUAGGGAAGCUUGAAGGUGUUCGACAAUCUCUCAUUGAUUGCAUCCAAACAUCAGACGGGCUUCUUGCUCCCAUUCGUAGGGUUCCUCGCGACAUACUCCAAGAUAUAUUUGAAUACGUGUAUACACAUUCCCGAGCUCUUCUCUACCAGAGUGUUAUUAUUGUGCCGGCUUUUCGAAGAGAGCCUCGAGACGACGUGUUUUCCCUUGGGGAGUGGUAUAGUGGCAAGGAUACGUUGCUGAUGAUGGAAAUCGAGGUAUACGUGUGCGAGGAAGGUCCCACGGAGAUCCUAACAUCCCCUCUUUGCAUCAACACUUCCCGUACCUUCCCCUCGAGCAUCGAGUCACCAAAUGCCGAGCGACACCAACCUCUCCGUUUGAGUAUGACGACCUGCUGGCAGUUUCUUGUACCCAUUUUAGCACUCCACUUGCUUCACUUGCCGUUGGCCUGGCAUGCGGCAGUGACUAUUUGCCCUUCGUCGUUGCCUGUUCUUUCACAAGCCCAGGCGACUCGUACUCAUGACCAGUUCACAACCAGCCUACCAACCUCGCCGUUGUCGUCAUCAUGCCUGCUAAAUGCCAAGGACCUCCGAGUUCAAACCCUUUCGACGACCGCUCUCUGCUGCGUUAUCUAAUUCAGGCCCUUUACAUGCAAAUACUCCAUCAACUAACCUCUGGUCACGAUAGUCCAUUCAGAGUCACAUUCAAUCUAGCCAUCUUGAUGCCCCUUCUUCCUGAUCA